AUGGGGAUCCAGCUCUUGACGCAGACCGGCUUGCAGGCCUUUACGCAGAAGUUAUUGCAGUGGGACAACUGCAUGGGGACCCCGCAAGAGCAGGACGGGGUCAGCACGAUCGGCUUGCACGAGCAGAACGGGGUGGGACCAACACUGCACGAGCACGGUGAGGCCAUAAGCGAAGCACAUCCGCAGCUGCGCUUUUCUCGAACCGCUACGGCCUGA